AUGACACCCAGCUCUGAUGAUGUCCAUCAUUUGAUGGACGAAAGCUCAGCACGUUUUUACCCGAAACGAGAAAGAAAGUCUUGUGGACUGCGUCAACGUGAAUAUCGUAUAAAAGCCAAACGGCCGCAGUACAACGAGAUUCAUCCGUCCUCAUCUGGUGAGAUCGACCAACGAAUAUCUUCUUUAUUCACUUUCAUACGAAAUGAAAGUAUCCCUAACAAUGUUGUGGGUACUAUUUUUUAUGUAAAGCCGUAUGAUGAAAAAGUGAUGCACCGUAGGUCUAUCUCAUCAGAAGAGGACGGCUGA